CACAUGCUACGUAGCGCUAAUGACACAGCUCUCUUCUUUCAGGCUCUUUGGUCAGAGUCAGUCAACAUGGCGACCAUGUGAAGCGAACGCUCUGGGUUUUGCCAACAAAAUGAGGGUCCUCAGGUGCUGCAUGGGGCUACGUCGAGCCUACUUGGUUUGUCCCAUCCUGCUGGUUCUCCUGGUUGGUGCCUCCCUGACCACUCUGCUGCCGCCUGCGGAGGACCAAAGAGGCAUUGGCGUCCUGGGAGUGCUACGCAGAGCAACAUCACAAAAGGAGGAUCCUGCACAGGGCCGCCAUGGCGACAGCACAGAGGACGAGCAGAGGUUCACCAUCAUCAUCCAAACGUACAACCGCACAGACAUUUUGCUCAAACUUCUCAACCAUUACCAGGCAGUGCCUCAUCUUCAGAAGAUUAUUAUAGUCUGGAACAACAUUGGGGAGCAGACACCCCUAAAGCUAUGGAACUCUUUGGGGCCCCAUCCGGUCCCUGUGCUCUUCAAGGAGCAGACCAUCAAUCAAAUGCGCAACAGACUACAACCAUUCCCUGAGAUUGAAACUGAUGCUGUUCUGAUGCUGGAUGACGACACCCUGGUCAGCGUUCCUGACAUCAGUUUUGCUUUCUCUGUCUGGAAGCAAUUUCCAGACCAGAUUGUUGGGUUUGUCCCACGGAAACAUGUCUCCACACCAGGAGGAGUGUACAGCUACGGCAGCUUUGAACUGCAGGAUCCAGAAACAGGUGGAGGUGACAAAUACUCCAUGGUUUUAGUUGGUGCUGCCUUCUUCCACCGUCGCUACCUGCAGCUCUUCCAGGACCAGCCUCCAGCAGUGCAUGCGCUGGUAGAUGAAACACAGAACUGUGACGACAUCGCCAUGAACUUUGCUGUAGCGCUGUACUUAAGGAAACACUCCACAGGCAGCGUUAACAAACCCUCUGGGGUCUUUGUCAAACCUGUGGACCUACGAAACCUGGAAAAGGACGCCCGCAGCGGGUACCAGGGCAUGUGGCAUCGCCCUGAACACCUUCUGCAGAGAUCCUUCUGUCUCAACAGGCUGACGCAGAUCUAUGGCUUCAUGCCCCUCUGCUUCUCCAACCUGAUGGUCUCCCAGUUUGGAUUUCCCAGCUAUGCCAAUCACAAGAGUAGAGGGUGAUGAUCCGCAACACAGCUGAUUGUUUAGGAUUGAAAGGAGACAAACUCAAGUAACAGUCGUAAGUUUGACUCUUCUGAUCGCUGCAUAUCUAGAAAGCUCUAAUUCAAGUUCAAGAGACAAAAUAUUUAGUUUUGAAUACAUAGUAGUGGGAAAAACAGUAGUGAUUCAGAAGAGGGUGAAAUACAGCAGAAUGUUGUCUUCAUGAGAAUAUCUUUGCUUGUUUGCAUUUCUGAUUAGUCUCUCCCUUGCAUCUGCAGGACAAUCAUGGAUUUCGGACAAUCUGAAUUUUCUACUCAUGGCCCAGUCUGAUGAAAUGUCCUUAUGUGAUAAGGUAAUCUGUAUAAUGUUACCAAAGCUGCCUUUCCUUCAGUAUGAACACCUCUCUCAGUGGAUCGUAGUGCAGUUAUUUUACAGCCAGCAGGUGUCAGUCUUACAUCUGCAGACAAAUUGCCUCGUUUGUAACCAUGAUUUACAGCUCUGAGGAUGUCUAGUUAAAAUGUUUUGGUUUUACUGCAUUUAUAGUUGUUUAUUUAAUGUAUAAACCUUAUGUACACACCCUUCCCAUUUAAAGAAGAUGUCGUUAUUUUGUAAUUUCCUGGCAAAAAUAGUCCCAGCCAGUGUGCAUUUGUGAAUGAACUAGAAUAACUGCAGGUAUUUCGUACAACCUAACGUAAUCUUAAUGUACAGUACUAUGCAUGCAUUGACAAUCAAUUUUGAAAAAGCAAUGUGUGCACAUAUCAUGUGACUCUGUUAAAUAAAUCCAAUUGUUUUUCUCUAAACAGAA